AGGGAAAUGAAAACUAAAAUAUAUCUUAGGUUCAUAUUAUUUGAAGUCAAAAUGUCCCGUGGUAGCAGCGCUGGGUUUGACCGUCAUAUCACCAUCUUUUCCCCCGAGGGUCGACUAUACCAAGUCGAAUAUGCGUUUAAAGCAAUCAACCAAUCUGGUUUGACAUCCGUUGGGGUUCGUGGCGAUGAAUGUUGUGUUCUUAUCACACAGAAAAAAGUUCCAGAUAAACUGAUUGAUGUCACAACCAUCACCCAUAUGUUCCAACUUACCCCAAAUAUUGGGUGCAUGAUGACUGGCAUCAUGGGUGACAGCCAAUCUCAAGUCCAACGUGCAAGAAACGAAGCUACUAACUGGAAGUAUAAAUACGGAUACGAAAUACCAGUGGAUGCUCUGUGCAAACGAAUGGCUGAUAUAUCACAGGUCUACACACAAAAUGCUGAGAUGCGACCACUUGGUUGUUCUAUGAUACUCAUGGGUUGGGACGCUGAAUACGAUAAACCAAUGCUUUAUAAAGCUGACCCUGCAGGUUAUUACUGUGGUUUCCGAGCCACAAGCGCUGGUGUGAAACAAACAGAAGCGAAUACAUUCCUUGAAAAGAAAAUAAAGAAAAAGAAAGAUUCAGUUUGGAAUCUUGAGAAAACCGCUGACGUCGCUCUGUCGUGCCUCACCCAUAUUCUAUCGGCCGACUUCAAACCAUCUGAGCUGGAAGUGGCAAUCGUUACGAAGGAAAACCCGAAGUUUAAGGUUUUAUCAGAAGCUGAGAUUGAUGAAUAUCUGACAGCCUUGGCUGAAAAGGAUUAAAAUAAACGCUAUUAAAGUACUUACUUAAAUGGAACAUUGGAAAGUUCAUGUAUCUGCUGUUAUCUACUUUGAUGAUAUUUUGAUGUUCCAAUGGUAAAGUAGAAGCAAAUAAAUAUGAACAUGUUGAAA